UAACUGGUGUAGUAUGUAUCUGUCUUAGUUCAGUGUUGUCAGAGAUUUCAAACGUUUACUGAAGUAAUGUAUUAGAAAAAAGAUUCUAGUGCCGUGAAAUAUGAUAGAAAAUAAGGGUCCAGUUCUUGGAGCCCGUCAUGUUCAGGCAAUUCUUCUCUUUCUGGUGAUUGUCAUUCAGUAUGCUUCAAGAACGAGUAUAGCAGUUUCUUUGGUUGCCAUGACAGAUGCGAAGACAACUAAUAUAAAUUUUCACGAAUUUGAUUGGAAUGAGAAGGAAAAAUCUUACAUUCUUAGUAGCUUCUUUUGGGGUUAUAUACUUUUCCAAAUUCCUGGAGGUUAUGCAGCUCGAAGAAUUGGUGUUAAGAAAACAGUAUUUUUUAGUACGCUGCUUAGUUCAAUUUUGGGCCUUUUGGUACCGUUUUGUGCGUUUUGGGGAGGCUGGAAAUUAUUUAGCUUCAUUCGAUUUCUUAUGGGAUUGAGUCAGGCGGUACUGUUUCCUUGCGUUUACCAGCACGUAGCUAAUUGGUCACCAGUGGAGGAACGAAAUCGUCUUGGUGCGAUCAGUAAUUCGGGAGUAGAAUUGGGGACGAUCGUGGGAAUGUUCGUCACUGGCAUGAUAGCUGCAUCGGGUAUGGGAUGGCCCGGAAUUUCUUAUAUAUACAAUGGAAUUGGUAUAGUUUUCGGUAUAUUUUGGUUGAUAUUCGCAGAGAAUACUCCAGCUGAAGCUCGAUUUAUAACUUCUCUCGAGAGAAAUUACAUUCUGGAUUCCCAAGCAAAUAUUGGCGGUUGGCAGGGGAAGGAAAUACCAAUUCCCUGGAAGGCAAUGCUUACUUCUAGUCCGUUAAUAUCAUAUCUGGUGGUGGGAAUGUGUGACACCUGGGGAUUUGACACAAUGAUGAGUCAAAUUCCAAGCUAUUUACAUGGGACUAUGAAAAUGGAUAUCAGUAAAAAUGCGUUCUAUUCAGCGCUUCCUUAUGUGUCAAUGUGGGUUUGUUCGUAUGUUUCUAUGAUAGGAGCGGAUAUCCUGAUGAAAAAUGAAUGGAUUUCAUUGUUAACGUUACGAAGGAUAUUUGCAACUAUUGCUAUGAGUGUUCCAGCGGGUUUCCUAAUUGGCGUUGGAUUUAUCAACGAAAAUCAAAGAGGCUUAGCCAUAACCUUUGUCACGCUUAAUGUUGGCUUUAGUGGUGCCAGCACCAUAGGCUGUUUCUUAAAUCUAAUCGAUUUGACUCCGAAUCAUACUGGAAUUGUAUAUGCAUUGCAAAAUACUUUGGCCAGCUUGGUAUCUAUUGUGUGUCCAAUUGUUGCGGGAUUAAUUGUUCACGAUGAAACUGAUCGGUCACAAUGGCGGAUUCUGUUCAUAAUUGCAGCUAUUAUCUACGUUUUGGGCAACUUGCAGUUCUUAUAUUUAGCGCAGGCUGAAAAACAACCAUGGGACCAUGAAGACUUUAUGAAAAAGUUUGAAACUGAACCAGGCGUCCAAAUAUCACGACCAUCUUCGAAAAAAGAAGAGUUCUCUUUAAAUGACGAAUUUAUGGUGAUUGGAAAGCGAUAAUUUUGACACUUGUGACAAAUGCAAAAGUCCUUAUAGCAUUAAUCUUAGUUUGAAUCCAUGUUGAGUUCUUAUUUGAAUUAAUUUCUUAUGGACAUUAUUUACAGUUAAGAGUAAUCACAUUAAGUAUAGGCUUUUCUGAUAUGCCUUUCGUAUUAAAGUUGUAGAAAAUACUUUAAUUUGUUUAAUUGAUCAUA